GUGGAUCAUUACUCCGACGGUGUCGGAGCUGCUUGACAUGAAGAUGAUUCCGCCACAGAUCAAGCCGAACGAAGCCAACAGCUCAGUCGGAGGUCGAGACGGGAGAAUUGACUUUGGCGGCUUGAGGAACAUGAGAACGUACAUAAGACCCCUAGCCAAAGAAGCACCAAGAAGCAGGUUUCCCCAUUGUUGACCAUGCUGGAGACCAUGGUAUGCUGCUGAUGCGAGUUUAUGGCCUCGAGCCGCUUUAAAAUACUA